UCCUUUUGUUCAACUUAAAACCCCUCUCUCCCAAAACCCCACGUCAGAGAGACCAAAACCAAAACCUCUGCCCUUCUCCCAUUGCAGACCUGCAACAACCACAAUGACGGCCGUUUUCAGAAGAAACACUAACAUCACCCGCCUUCUACACAAGCACUCCAUCACCGACCCGAUCGGAGCCCCGACACUUCUCCAAUCCCAAACGCAGUCCAAAGCCUACCUCCGCUUCCCCCAAGUUUUCCGGAAAGCCAGAGACUACGACCUCUCUCCCUCUGUCUUCUCCUCCGCCUUUUCUUCCUCCAAGUCCUCUGCUGAAACGACGUCGGUUUCUAAGCUUGGGUUCGUGGGUUGGUAUCUGGGUAUGCUCCAGCACCGGCCCAUUUUGACAAAGAGUGUCACUGCAGCGCUUAUUUACACUGCUGCUGAUUUGUCUUCCCAGACAUUAGCAAAAUCGUCAUUUUCAGAAUCUUAUGAUGCUGUAAGGACAUUGCGCAUGGCUGGAUAUGGAAUGCUGGUUUUAGGGCCAUCCCUGCAUUUCUGGUUCAAUUUCAUGUCAAGAGUCUUCCCAAAACGUGAUAUUUUCUCUACAUUGAUGAAAAUGGCUAUGGGGCAGACGCUUUAUGGACCUACCAUGACUGUUGUUUUCUUCUCCUUGAAUGCAUGUCUACAAGGUGAAAACGGUACAGAAAUUGGUGCCCGUUUAAAGCGAGACUUGUUCCCGACAUUGUUAAGUGGUGUUAUGUACUGGCCACUAUGCGAUUUUAUCACAUUCAGAUUCAUUCCUGUCCAAUUACAGCCAUUAGUGAGCAAUGGAUUUUCGUAUCUGUGGACCAUUUAUAUGACAUACAUGGCAGGCCUGGAGAAAGCAGGUACAACAUCCUAGCUGAAUUGACUGUAGGUGCCAAUUUAUUUCAUUAGUCUCAUCUUCAAGAUCUAGACAUGUCUCCACAACCGUGCUUGGAAGUUGCUCGUGAUGCCUUUACACAGUAAAGCUUCUGGGUGCCUGAGCAGAAAUGCUAAUGUGACAUCCAAAGCCGAACCAUGGUUGAAGCGCAAGCUAUGAAUCUCACUCUGAUUUAAAUUAGACAGAGCUACAUUAUUUAUGAAUUAGAUUCAUUGGUAAUUAUCUUUAGAUCGUGUUUUUCCCGGUACUUGUAAAACAAGCAUACACGUUAUGUUAUGUAAAGCACUAGGUUGAUGUUGAAGAAGAAACUUACAAAUGACAAUCUCUUUUCGCAGAAACAAAUGCA